AUGGCCGCCGCGCCGCCGCGCCGCCUCAACGUCAACGUGGGCGUCCUGGGCCACAUCGACAGCGGGAAGACGGCGCUGGCGCGGGCGCUCAGCACCACCGGCUCCACCGCCGCCUUCGACCGCGCGCCGCAGAGCCGCGCGCGGGGCAUCACGCUCGACCUGGGCUUCUCGUGCCUGCGCACGGCGCUGCCGCCGCAGCUGGGCCCGGGCCCCGGCGAGCUGCAGUUCACGCUCGUGGACUGCCCCGGGCACGCCUCGCUCAUCCGCACCAUCAUCGGCGGUGCCCAGAUUAUCGAUUUGAUGAUGCUCGUAAUAGACGUGACAAAAGGGAUGCAGACGCAGUCAGCAGAGUGCUUGGUAAUUGGGCAAAUUGCCUGCCAGAAGAUGGUCGUAGUUCUGAACAAAAUAGAUCUCCUUCCAGAGGGCAAGAGGCAAAGUGCCAUUGAGAAGAUGACUAAGAAAAUGCAGAAGACAUUGGAAAAUACCAAGUUCUGUGGAUGUCCUAUUGUUGCUGUUGCAGCAAAGCCUGGUGGACCGGAAGCCCCAGAGUCUGAGACUCCAAUAGGUGUUUCUGAAUUAAUUGAGGUCCUCAAGUCUCAGGCUUACCUGCCAUCAAGAGACCCCUCGGGACACUUCCUUAUGGCAGUCGACCACUGCUUCUCUAUCAAGGGUCAAGGCACCGUGAUGACAGGGACUAUUCUUUCUGGCUCUGUUAGCCUUGGUGACAAUGUGGAGAUUCCUGCCCUGAAGGUAACAAAGAAAGUCAAGUCUAUGCAGAUGUUCCAUACCCCGGUGACUUAUGCUAUGCAGGGUGACAGAGUAGGUAUCUGUGUGACCCAGUUUGAUCCCAAGCUGUUAGAGCGAGGUCUGAUUUGCACCCCAGAAUCACUUCACACUAUCCACGCUGCCAUCAUUUCCCUGAAGAAAAUCCAGUAUUUUCGAGGAGCUCUUCAGACAAAGGCGAAGUUUCACAUCACAGUUGGUCAUGAAACAGUCAUGGGGAGAGUGAUGUUUUUCAGUCCAGCCCCUGCUGACUUUGAUGAAGAAAUUCAAGAAGAUGUUUUUAAUUUUGAAAAAGAUUAUCUUUACCAAGAGGCGUACUUGUCCAAGGACUCGAAGACUUCAGAGGAGGAUAAAGAGAAUGACCAGUCCGAGGUCCAGCUGCCAAAGCAACAGUGGGCUCUGCUGGAGUUUGAAAAACCAGUCACUUGCCCUGAACUCUGCCUAGUGAUCGGCUCCAAACUGGAUACAGAUAUUCAUGCAAAUACCUGCAGACUGGCAUUCCAUGGGGUUCUGCUCCAAGGUAUGGAAGACAAGAACUAUGCGGAGACAUUUCUUCCGAAGCUGAAGGUGUACAAGCUGAAGCACAAGGAGGGACAAGUGGAAAGGGUGAUGGAUGAUUACAGUGUGAUUGGUCGUUCACUGUUUAAAAAGGAAACAAACAUCCAAAUUUUUGUGGGUCUAAAAGUCAAACUAUCGACAGGAGAAGAUGGAGUAAUAGAAGGUGGUUUUGGACAAAGCGGCAAAUUUAAAAUCCGAAUUCCAGACGGAUUGAGGCCAGAUACCAAGAUGCUUCUCGCGGUUUCCUCCAAGAAGAAGUCAAAGGCCGGCAAGGGGGACCCAGGCAAAGAGGAAGAAAGCAGCAGGAGCGAUUCGGCCCAGCCCGUUGGCAUCAGCCUUGUCUUUAAAAGAUACGUCUUUGACACGCAGAAGAAAAUGAUCCAGUCUUGAGAAAGCAAUUCCUCCCUCGCACCUGAAAGAGCAGACUCUGAGAUGAAUUCAGGUGGAAUGUAUUUCUUGUCUGAGUGCAUUGAACUGGUUCCUUCCUUACGGCUGGAGCCAGGAAGCUCCUGUUUGCAGGAUCCCUGUGAUCUCUUUUUGUUCUGCCUGUCUUUGCAAUGUGAAUCUUGAUGGCCUCCUGGAGAACAUCACCUGCUGAAUGAAUCCAUGUGCUUAUACAUUCAAAUAGCAGCAUAUUCCUGAAGAAUUGUUUUGAAGUUUCUUUAAAUUUAGAUGUUUGCCACCAGUGUUAAUCUAAAUGCAGUCAAGAUGUGCAUUUCAUGCCACCCACAAAACAAAACUGAUUAGUCUAGGUUUACUUCCCCAAGCAAUGUGAGGACAGAGCAUAAUAGGUGAAGCCUAAAAUGAAUGUUUCACAUUCUUUCAACUGCAACUAUGUAAGAUGCUAUCUGAGAGGUGGUAUGGAUUUUUUAUAAGUAUGAUUUAUAUCUUGAAAUGUUUUUCACAUUAAAUAUAAUGAUGCAUGUAACUGAGAGUCUUAAUUGUUCUAUUUGCCAUUCCAAUGUUCAGAAUCUCUCUUCAGUGACAUUUUAUGUAUUUCUUUCUGAAUUUCCUGCCUAUUUGUUUGUUUCUUCUAAGAAACUAGAAGGCUAAGCCAGUCUGAACCAUGGUGAAUCUUCUUCUGGGUUUCUUUUUUUGGUAACCAAAAUGUCUCUUUCGUAUAAAAGAAAGUUGCCUCUGGAAACAGCCAAGGUCUUUAUUUCAUUAGAAUAAUGAUGGAAGAUUGUAGCAUAAGCCUUGUAAAAUGAAUAUCUCCAAGAUGCGUUAGUAGUUUAAUGGAAUUUCAUGGCUGCUUUUGUUCUUCCUCUCAACUUUUUAUCCUAAGCUCAUGGGAAGGAGGGUGGAGAUAUUCCUUUAUAAUUGUUUUAUGUCUAUUUUUUAAAUUUACAAAGCACAGGAUAUUGUAAUAGGAAACCAAACAAUAAUGAUGCAGGUAUGAAAGCUGCCGUCUAGAACAGGACUGAGACGUGGGGUUUGCAGCAUGGAAACUGUUAGUUUCUGCCUUUGAGCAAGUUUUCUGCCUUUGAACAAAAUAAGUACCUCUGCUUACUGCUGCUAAUGAGCAGCCUUUAACCUGUAGGAUGAAGCAGCCAUGAGAUGACCAUGUGUAUAACAAGUUUGUUGCUUGUACAUAGAAAUAAAUAACUGUAAUAGAUUAUUGUAUUUGUUUAUCAAAGUGUAACUGAUAAUAUGUCCUUUUUUUUGUUGUUACUAUGUUCCUGUUUUUUCCUGGCUUUUUAAAUUUUCUUUUUAAUUUCCAGGUGACAGAAGUGGACAAGGAAGGCAAAAAUGUGAGAUAAUAAGAGGAUCUUUACAGCGGAACGGUCAGGAGGCAGGGCAAGUGUGGUGUCCAGACUAGCUGGUGGUGUCCCUUUAAAUCCAAGCAGAAAGAGGGUGUUGGGGAAUAAUCCCGAACAGUUUCUGCUGAGUGAGUCCCAGCAGAGCUUUAGUACAUCCCUUAAGAUUACAGGGUGUGCGUUCAAUGUGAUCCCAGAGGAAUUAGGCAGCAGCUUCAGCUGUGGCUUAAUGUGACUCGUGCUGCCAGCCUUGCUGAAAACUGUAUCCUUCUGUCAGGAAAAACUGCAUUUCCCCUCCCUGUCAUGCCUUCUUCCCCGCUUCUGUCCACUUUCUGGAUGCUCCCCCCUCCACCUCCAAAGGCAGUCUUUGAAAAUAAUAUUUAUUAUGCUAUCUUUCUCUUAAGUCUGUAUCAAAUCGUGUUUUGAAUCCUGUACUGUUGCCUCUGCUUAGGAUACUGCAACAAUGGAAGCUAGAGAAAUAGAUGAGAAAAAGGGGCUGCUUUUACCAUACCAGGUUAGUCUAAUAUUAUUGGUCUAAAAGUCUAAAAUAAUUUCUAGAAAAUGAAAAGUGAAUUAUUAAGAACUUUUUUUAUUUGAAUAGUCCCAGUGAAGUUCUUUAGCAAAUUUUAGAUGAGUAAUUAAAUAUUACUUUUUCUGACCAGAAUUUCAAAAAUAAAAGGAUAAUCAUUGUGAAAUUUGUUCUACAGUGCAAUAUUGGAGGCUGCUCCAGAGUUGUCAGCUUUGUGCUUACAGACUUUUGCCUUUCUCAUUUGUAAAGCAUUUUGGAAUAGUUCUGGAGAGAAGGCAUUAUGUCAAUGUAAAUAAUGGCGUGUAUUUUUACAAAGCAUCAUCAGGUUAAUAUUUUUGCUGCCCAUUGCUGUCCAUAGCAGCCUCAGUGAGCUGGUCACUUGUUAUGGAACUUGUUUGCUUGGAAGACACAUUAGCUGGAGAGCUUGCAGAGCCCUAGAGCCCUUGACUUGGCUGAAUACUCCUCCAGUGUUGAGGGUCCCAUGACUCAUUCCCUUGGGGAACUCCAACAGCAGGAGCUGCAGCAGCUUCCCAAGUUGUACCUCUGUCCCCUUCUCCCGCAGUCUCCUGCAAUGUCCCUUUAAUCUCUCCCCUCACCUGCAUGUCUCCUCUCCAGCCUUGGCCACUAACUAAUGCAUCUUAUCCUCGUCCUCUCAGUUCCACAUGCUCCUUCUUCCCAGUGCUGCUCGUUUGCCCCUUUGCUUACUGCUUCUCCCUGUUUUGGCUCUUGUCUCGCAUGCAGAGAAGGAAAUGUAAAUGCAGGUGCUGGCAGAGCUCCCGUGGCCGCCGUUGGGAGCACAGCGUGGCAGAGAGGCCCAUGUCAACAGCAACAUGUGAGUGGCCUGUGUUCAGGCCCUUUGAUGAACACAGGAGGCGGUCACCGCCUCAUCAGGAGCAGCCUGUGUGCAGACCCAUCAGCCACAGCUUGGAGCAGACAUCUCAUGUGGGUGACAAGUAUUAGCCUGGGAAUAACAGCAGUCUGGCUAGAGACAGGCACCCGCAGGCCCUGCCUGGGUGCUUUGACCCACCACUCUGCUCUGGUAAAGCCCCUGUUACAAAAUCCCCUGUCCUUUUGUUUUGUUCCCCUGACAGACACCUGUGUAGGACGGAUGGCUGCAGGUAUCUUCUGAAGGCUGGGAUUUGGUUUGGGGCUUCUCUCUUUCUCCCUCCCCACUUGCCCAGCUUUUUAAUUCCAAAAGGAGAGCUUAAGUGUGCCCUAGAACUUUGAUUAUAAUGUGCUAUUACUGUAGAUCUCUGGCGGCUGUCCUGAGGCUGUUGGAUACACAUUCGAAAAAGGGUGAAAUGGUGGAACAAAAUGAUUAUGGGAAAAUCAAAGCUUUUAAAGACAUUUGUUGGAUGAACAGAUGUUCAAACAUUCUUUUAUUUGGUUUCCAGACAGACGUAGAGACUUUCCUUUCAUCCUCAUAAUCAGUGCAUUA